CCGGGGAGGGCGUCGUCGUGGGGCGCCAUGUCUUCCAUAGCCAUGCCCGAGGCUUCUCCGAGCCUCCAAGUCCCUUCCUUCGCCGGGACGGGGAGGUCGCCUUCUUCGUCCUCCAGGCAACUGCGCCCUUCGGAAAGCCAGCUCAGCGGCAGCCUCGGGCAGCAGGAUAACAACUUGAAAUCCAUGGAUCUUAAUCAUGUUGUCAAACUGCUUGAAGAAACAGAAUUAAGUAAUUUGGAAGAUCAGCUUGAAGCACUGAAGAAGGUUGCAAAACGCUAUGAAUAUGGGCUUCUUCUUAAUGAUUUAACACAAAUAUCUAAAAUCUUAAAUCUAUGUGCUGAAAGAAUUCCACUCCACAAUGCUUUCCUAGAACCAACAUGUGACAUUCUUAAAUUAUAUGGGUUACCAUUUUACAAAAAGAAGUUAUCUGAUGAAGUAAACUACACCCAAGAAGUUCAAGAAUCAAUUGCAAAUUUGGGUUACUUAAUGAGAGUGCCAUGUUCUCAAGUAAGGAUACAAAUAUGUAAGUGUGUAAUUAGCUUUUACCACACUGAACCACCAAAGAAAGAGUAUGAAGUUUAUCAACCUGUAAGUGCAAACUAUAAAAGGCAGAUGGUGGAAGCAGGAGGUUUAGCAGAAACCUUAGUUCUGGCGCUGACAUUAGUUGAAAAUCAACUUCAAGAGAAAUUAUGGAUAAUUAAAACACUGCAACAUCUUUCUAUUUCUGAGACAAAUUGUAAACUUAUGAUGAAAGCUCAAGCACCAAGAAGAUUAUGUUCUCAUCUUAAUGAUGCUGACCCUUCUGGACAGCUGCUAUUCCGUUCCUCAGAAAUCCUCUGGAAUUUAUUAGAAAAAACCUCUAAGGAAGAAAUUAUUGAGCAGCUCAGUAAUUUGGAAUGUGUAAAUGCUCUGAAGGAAGCAUUUACGAACUUACUUAUACAUGGUUCCCGCCAUUAUGAUCGUCAGCUAAGAAAUGACAUUUUGGUGAUCGCUACCCUUGUGGCUCAGAACCCAGGAGCACCAAUGAUUGAAACAGGGUUUGCCAAGCUGUUAAUAUUAUUUGCCACUUUUGUUGAAGUAAAAAGUCAUAAUCCUUUGGUAAAGAACCUCAGGCUGACUUACUGUUACGAAGAUUUUGAGUUGAAAAAGUUACUGCUUAACAUGCUUACUGUACUAGCAAAAGAUUUAUGUAUUGUACAGCUGCUACAAGAGGGUAAAGUUAUAUUGGCCUUGUUUCAUUAUUUAAAACCAAAUGAAAAGCCAGGAAUGGUUGACAUGUCUGCUGCCCAGUAUGAAGAGUUACAGCUUCUUGCAAUUGCAACCUUGGCUACAAUGGCUCCCUUGUUGGUAGAUGACUACAUGAUGUGCCAAGGAAAUACUCGCCUUCUCAUGUUUCUCGAAUGGUGCAUGGGCAAUGAUCCUUUCUUUGCUCAAGGUAACAGCUUCCAUGGUACCGGUGGUCGUGGCACCAAGCUUGCACAGAUGCGCUACACCUUGAAAGUACUGAAUCCUGUUGUGUCCCUUUGUGAUGAUGCUGUGAAUGUUGAUCUUUGUGAUCAGGGAGCAAUUAAUCAACUGUUAGGAAUCUUAAAGAAUACCACAAAGAAUUAUCCAGAAAGUGCCAUUGUGGUAGAAAUUCAGAUUGAUAUUUUACUUCUCUUGUCAACUCUUUGUGAAAAUAACCUUCAUAGAAAGGAACUCUUUGGAUGGGAAGGAGUAGAUACACUUAUUCCUUUUAUGAAGAUGGAUUCAAAGAAAUUCUAUAGUGGAUUGGGUCAUAAUUGUCUGCUUUUUACUGCUCUGGACUGCUUAUGGUGCUGUGUCAUGGGCUGUACUAUUUUAGAGGACUAUUUUAUUGAAAGAGAAGGCCUCUUCACUCUCCUGGAUUUGCUUGUUUUAAAUCAAAAGAAUGUUUGCAAUCUAAUACUUGGGAUAUUAGUUGAAUUUUGUGACAACUCUAAAACUGCUUCUCAUAUCAAUACCUGGCGAGGGAAAAAAGACCAAACAGCAGCCAAUUUAUUAAUAAAGUUAUGGAGAGAAGAAGAGAUUCAGAUGGGAGUGAAACAUGACGAAGUUGGGAGAAUUGUUGAUACAAAGAAGCCAUUGGCUGGCAAGUUCCAAAGAAAGCAAGAAGUUAUUCCAAUGCCUGCCAGUUGUCCCACUAUUGCUGUUAUGGAUGUGGCUGAAAAUAUGCGAGCAAAGAUUUAUUGUAUAAUAUGUAAAUUAGGCUUUGAAAAUUUGCCUGGCCUCUCUGCCAAGGAUUUUGUUACACUUGCUAUCAUACGUAGAUAUCUUGACUUCAAGGUAGGUGAAAUCUGGAGUGAGAUAUAUGCAGAACUUAAAAAAGAAAACAUCAAACCCGUAACUCCUGACCAUGAAGCACUGCAGGUUAUUACCGAAGCAUUUGAAAACGUUGGAAAGAUGGUUAUUUCGCUUCAGACUGAAAUGCUAGAAAGCCAACAAUACCAGGAACUUCGAGAAGAAGAAAAAAGUUAUGCCAAGAUUCAAUCCCUCCAUAAGCAGAAGGAAAUGGUCAGUAAGUCCUGGGAAAGUUUCUUGGCCCGGACAUCAAAUUAUGAGACUUUAAAGAAAGCGAAAAGGAUUCAGGAAAAAUCCAUAGAAAAUUCUAGAACAAAGGUAAAACCGUACAAUGCAACAUUCCAUCCAACUGACAUUAAAGGUCUAAAUACAACUGUUGCAUCUGGUCGCUUAGUAACUGUUGAAAGUACACCUGCUGAAUUGACUGGAGGGCCACUAGCUGAAACAGAUCUUGCAGUCAAAAAGCUCUCCAUUCGUGGUGGAGCCUUAAAGAGGAUCAAAACAGUUAAAGUUGUGGAUUCAUUCAAGAAAGAUUCAGUAUCUGUAAAAUAAACCUUGUCUAGUGCUGUUCUAGGCAGCUCCCUGUUUUUUGUUGUUGUUAAUUUAUAUACAAAUUUUAAUCACCUAUUUGUAUCACACCGGUUAAGUGCACAGUUAUUUUUAGAUAUAUAUUGCUUUAGAAAUAAUCUGGAGAUCAUGAUGCUAACAAAUAAAUUCAGUAUGUUACAAAUA